AUGUCGGCGAUUAAGAAUUUAUCGAAGUGCGUGCUGCUCUUGUUAGUAUGCAGUGCAACUAUUCACGCCGACGAGGACGACGGAUUCCUUGAGCGAGGAUACCGUGCUCUUUAUCGCGUCUACGAAGAGUGCGAGCAUCGGAAUUUGGCUAUAUCGCCAUGUUUGAAGAAGAAGGCGAUCACCUUCUUCGAGAGGCUUGGUCGUAUACAGACCUUACCGAUCGGCGACAAUCUCGAGCUGGUCAGAGUCGCGUCCUUGGCGAACGAUAGCUCAAAGGGCGUCGAUCUGGAGAAGACCUUGGCGAGAACCAGCGGAGGUGCCACCGACGAGAUCCUCAACGAUAUUUUAUUCGAGCGCAUAGCUGCGCUGUUGAACAGCUUCAACGUGCAGAUCAGCUUACCAAAGACAACUUCCGGUGACUUAAAACGGAGCCUCGAAGAAGGUCGCGGGAAGAUGAAGAAGAUGAUGGGUAUGAUGAUGAUGGGAAUGGCGAUGAAACUCGCUGCGCUAGUUCCCAUCGCUAUAGGUGUACUUUUUCUCCUGGCUGGCAAAGCGCUCAUCAUCAGCAAGAUCGCCUUGGUGUUGUCGUUGAUUAUCGGAUUGAAGAAAUUAUUGAGCCAGAAACAGAGCCACGAUCACGGUGGCUGGCAGCAAGGAGGAGGCGGUUGGGACAGGAGUUUGAAGGGAAUCACAGGCACACCAAUUCCAUUAAUGACGGAAGCUGAUCGUCAAUAUGCUCAGACUUUGGCUUAUGGCGCGCGGAUGCAGCAUUAAACGAUUAACCGUUGAACUGAAAGGAGGAGAUUUUCAGGUACCUGGGAGAGAGCAACGCCUGUAUCCAAAGGAACAGAUAAUACGCGAUAUCCGAGACA